AUGCCUGUCUUGUUCCUUCAUCCUCCCUCACCGCCUCCCUUCCCUCCAGUCCUCGCGGAAGUCGCCAGCAAGACCCGCUCGCAGCCGGCGGCAGGCGAGGCGAGGGACAAGGCUGCUAGUAGCAGCAAGCGGGCGGGCAGCUCAGGUGCGAGUGGGACGUCUGGAAAGAAUCCAGCCCGCUCGCAGCAGCCGGCAGGGCAGACGGCUGGCAGCAAGCGGCAGGGACAGCAGCAGACGAUGGGCGUGAAGCAGCAGAGAUCGGUUGAUGGUCAUGCGGCAGCGAACGGAACUCGUGGGAUGGGAGGGAAGGGGCACGUUGUGAAUGACACGAGGCACGUGAAUGGCACGAGGCCGCAGCGGGGUGGUGCUGCUGCUGCUGGUGGGCUGCGCAAGGAGGGCAGCGGUGCUGUUGGCGGGCGUGGCGGGCGAGGAGGCAGUGUGAUUGGUGAGUGCGAAUGCGUCAGUGCACCACCACAUGCUGCUGACGUCUUAUUGGCUACUUGUGACCACCACAUGCACCUGUUAUGUUCAGUCAUUGCUGCAACCUUUGGCAAGCCGGUUGAGUUGACGCGUUGCUUGCGCGUGGCAGGUGUGGUGGGCGCGCGGAUGAGUGGCGAGCAGAUGGUGGGGUCAGCAGGCAUGGCGAAUGGCACAGGGCGGCUGGAGUUGAGGCUUGUCAAGACGGCCACUGACAUGGACGUGCACUACUCGCUCUCCCUCGCGCACCUCUCCUCCCCCUCCCCUCCCACCGCCACCUCCAUCCACGCAGACCCCGCCUCCUCCGCCUCCGCCGCGCUGCUGCUCGCCUUCCCCGCCUCCGCCUGGACCAACACCACCCGCCCCUUCCAUCGCGCCACCAAUGCCACCGCUGCUGCCCCCCCUGCGGCUGCACGCUUCAGCUACGGCGCCAGGGGCGUGUGGGCCAACGCGUCGUCCCUCUCCGCCGCUGCGGGCGGCUCUGUGGCUGCGGCUGUGAGCAGCAUUCUCGCUGCCCUCGCCUCCUUCCACGCUCUCAUCGCCACCUCCGCGUUCCCCCAGGGGGCUGUGCGUGGGCAGAUGGCCAACAUGACCCGCGGGGGGAAGUAG